UAUAUAGGUGAUGGUGCAAAAUUAUACAAUCAGCGACUUUAUGUGGUUGGAUGUGCAUAUUCGCCGUCGGUGUGGUGAACCCGUGAAAUAAACCGAACUACAAAGCAAAUCAUCGAAAUCAAUACGCCGACCGAUUUCCGUCAAAAGACACGCUGAUCUGACUUUGAAUAGUAUUUUUUGUUGAUUUUUCUUGUCUUCAAAUCGUUCUAUCUUUAAUUUAAAAGUUUAGUUUUGUGAUCAAUCGUGUCAGUUUAAAUCAGAAUUUUGGUGGAAUUUUGGCCAGAGCAAAUACAAAGGACCUUUUUACAAAAGCCAAUUUUGUUCCAGUAAAUUUCUGUAGUGUUUUUAUUUGUUCGUUAUUCACCGUAAAAUUUAUAUCAAAAUGAGUCGUCGAAAAUCGGUGUUUGAAACAAGUACAAUAACUUUAUUACAGCAAAAACAGCAGGAAGAUAUUUCCUCGAAAAUCGAUCAAAAUUUGCGAGCUCUCGCAUUACUGUGCCCAAUGACGGACACCGCCAAAUCGCUGUUAGUCAAGGAUGCAUUUAUGAAAGCAAACAAAACGGCAUUUCACAAUGUUAUUCAUUACUUGGUGAUGAUCAUAAAUGCGAAUGAAUUUCGUAAGCGUUUUCGUUGGCCAGUUUUUUCAUCGCGUGACGAAACCGAUUUCAGAAAUGCUGCAUUGGCAUAUUUCAACGAAUGCCAGAAAAAUUACAAAUGGAUUUUUGGUCCAUUUAAAAUGCAAGUUGUUCUAUUCCCUGGUGGCUUAGAAUUUAUGAAAAUUGUCAACGAAUUAUCAAAAAUGGCGAUGCGAACAGUGCUCAGGGAAAACGAUAGUCUUCAUUUGAUCAAUUCGGAUGGCUUCUCACUGCACAGGGCAAAUUUAAAAAUAACUGCAGCAGAACGAGCAUAUGCGGAAAUGGAACAAAUGUUCAGACAAGUCCGCGAAUUAUCCAUCCCAAUCAAAGAAAAAACCGUUCAUUUGUUGGAAGUAUUUCGACAUGCCGUAUCAAAUACAUCAAUUAGAGAAACGGUAUUCGAUGAGGGUUUUUUGAAUGCCUGGGAUUCAAAUCAUAGUAAAACAAUCGAUGAGAAAAUCUUGCCAAUAAUUCAACAACUCGAAAAUUUCAAAUAUAAAUGCUCUAUAUUUGAGCAAAACAUUACGGCCGCACAACCAAAACAAAUUCAUUUCGAUAAGGACAAAAUGAAUGCACUUGGAUUGUUAAAAAAUACCGAACAUUUCAACGCACAACUCGAUUACGACAAACUGAUACAGUGGCUAAUAUGCAACAUGCCAAUAUUAAUCGAUACAAUGCAUUUUAAAGCACCAUGGCCAUUAGAUCAAUUGGAAAUCGAGUCACAUCUAUUGGAACAACAUGUACGUCGAGCAAAUUCGCUAUUGUUGCGCAUUGAUGCAUUUGCAAUGGACACAUCAUUGGAAUUUAACACAAUGAAUGAUAAAAUGACAAGUGCAACCUACUACUGGCGUGAAAAGCUAGCGGAAAAACUGGUACUAACACCGACCAUCAAAUUGCCGGCAAAAAAAGAUUUUCGCAUUGCAAUAUGGGACGCCAUUUAUGUGGAUUCAACCACAAACGGUCUUGGAUUUUCGCCAACACGGAAACUUCAACCGUUGAUCGAGGAUACAUCAGGUUUUAGUGAAGAAUUUGAAUCUAUUGAUGUCACAGCAAUGCGAACUGUGUCCACAAAAUUAGAUCCAAUGUCAAUGUUGAACUCGGCUAUGAAUCGUAACAAAGGAUUUGGUAAAUCGAAGGCUAGCCCGAAACGAACCGCUUACCGAUCACCAUCGCGAUUGAAUAACAACAAUAUGCCUGCAUUCAACAGUACAAUGCUUUCGAAGGAUGAACAGUGGAAAAGCCCAGUCGCAAACGUAACGCCAAACCAAAUUAAUUUUAGUCCAUUGGCUAAAAGAUUAUUUUCAUAAAAAAACAUGCACAAAGUUUUAAUUCUUCCAAGAGCACAAUAAAAUAUGUAAUAGUAUAUUUCAAAGAAUCAAAUCUCACAGAUGUGAUUCAAGGAAUUUAAAAAAAUCACAAUUCUUCAAUUCAAA